GUGCGACUCUGGGAGGAACCCUCAGUCCCCACUUGCGCAGAUCCAGGAGUCACUGGGCCAGGCCGUCGAGGGUCACAGUGGCUAAGGGUGAUCUUAUUGCGGACUUGAUUCGGAGGGACAUCAGCUUCGGGUAGCCAACUGAAGACAGAAUCUUUGGGUGGUCAAGAGAAAGAAAAGCCGACUCAGCCCAGCUCUUCAGAACUCUGUGAAUAGACUGCCUGGACAGACUGCCUGCUCAUCCAUAUCAUGGCGCUCCAUCCCCGCAGAGUCCGGCUGAAGCCCUGGCUGGUGGCCCAGGUGGAUAGUGGCCUCUAUCCUGGACUCAUCUGGUUACACAGAGACUCCAAACGUUUUCAGAUUCCCUGGAAACAUGCCACACGUCAUAGCCCCCAACAAGAGGAAGAAAAUACCAUUUUUAAGGCCUGGGCUGUAGAAACGGGGAAGUACCAGGAAGGGAUAGAUGACCCUGACCCAGCAAAAUGGAAGGCCCAGCUCCGCUGUGCUCUCAACAAGAGCAGGGAAUUCAACCUGAUGUAUGAUGGUACCAAGGAGGUGCCUAUGAACCCAGUGAAGAUAUAUCAAGUGUGUGACAUCCCUCAGCCCCAGGGUUCGAUCACUAACCCAGGCUCUACAGGGUCUGCUCCCUGGGAUGAGAAGGAUAAUGAUGUGGAUGAAGAUGAUGAAGAAGAUGAGCUUGACCAAUCUCAGCACCAUGUUCCUAUCCAGGAUACUUUCCCCUUCCUGAACAUCAAUGGUUCUCCCAUGGCACCAGCUAGUGUGGGCAACUGUAGUGUGGGCAACUGCAGCCCUGAAGCAGUAUGGCCCAAAACAGAACCUUUGGAGAUGGAAGUGCCUCAGGCACCUAUUCAGCCUUUCUAUAGCUCUCCAGAGCUGUGGAUCAGCUCUCUCCCAAUGACUGACCUGGACAUCAAGUUUCAGUACCGUGGGAAGGAAUAUGGGCAGACCAUGACAGUGAGCAACCCUCAGGGUUGUCGGCUCUUUUAUGGAGACCUGGGUCCCAUGCCUGACCAGGAGGAGCUCUUUGGUCCUGUCAGUCUGGAGCAGGUCAAAUUCCCAGGUCCAGAGCAUAUCACCAAUGAGAGGCAGAAGCUCUUCACCAGCAAACUACUAGACGUCAUGGACAGAGGUCUGAUCCUGGAGGUCAGCGGUCAUGCCAUUUAUGCCAUUAGGCUGUGCCAGUGCAAGGUGUACUGGUCUGGGCCAUGUGCCCCAUCACUUGUUGCUCCCAACCUGAUUGAGAGACAAAAGAAGGUCAAGCUAUUUUGUUUGGAAACAUUCCUGAGUGAUCUUAUUGCCCACCAGAAAGGACAGAUAGAGAAGCAGCCACCAUUUGAGAUAUACUUAUGCUUUGGGGAAGAAUGGCCAGAUGGAAAACCUCUGGAAAGGAAACUCAUCUUGGUUCAGGUCAUUCCUGUGGUAGCUCGGAUGAUCUACGAGAUGUUUUCUGGUGAUUUCACGCGAUCCUUUGACAGUGGCAGUGUUCGCCUGCAGAUCUCGACUCCAGACAUCAAAGAUAACAUUGUUGCUCAGCUGAAGCAGCUUUAUCGCAUCCUUCAAACACAAGAAAGCUGGCAGCCCAUGCAGCCCACCCCCAACAUGCAACUCCCCCCUGCUCUGCCUUCCCAGUAAUCUUGAAUGCAGUCUUCUCCCUCUAUUUUUUUUACAACAUUGUACAUAUGUUUUUGUGAUUUUUGAAAAAUAUUCAGAUUUAACCAGCUUUUAAACCUUUUUCUUUUAAUAAUGUUAGAAUUCUCUGACUUUUAAAAUAUACCUAGAUUUUAAAGUUGAUUUAAUUUAUGGAAAAAAAAAUCACUCCUCGAAUUUCCUUUUCUUUUUAAAAACAUCAGAUGGUAGAAGGAAAUUUAGUCUGGGAGUUUGGACACCAAUAUUCCAGCUGCAGCUUUGCUUCCAUUGUGACCUUGAACAAUUCAUUUAACUUUUGGGCUUCAAAUUUAUCACUUGUAAAUAAAUCAGAAUUGGAAGGAUGCCCAAAAUUAUGUUCAGUUUUAAAACUCUGAUUCAGGAACUGUAUUCUACUUGUGCAAGGCAAAACUGCCUGGAUCAGAACCUGUCUGCAUUGUUCAUGCACCACAUUUUUCUUCUUGCUUUCAUUAAAGUUCCCUCAAGCACUGAUAUGUCCAGGAUUGAGCUCUGUUUGACCUGUUCUGCUAGUACAGUAAGCUGGCUCCCUGAUGGGGAAAGUAAGAAGCUGACUGGUUGCUUAGGAACCAAGCUUGAUAUCUAAAUAGAAAUGGGUGCCAAAGUCUGAAAGUCACCUUGCUUGUGGAGUAAAAGUUCAUAAAUUGAGCUUCUAAAAGGAAGCUGAUGACACAGAAAGCCUAGGGAUUCUGUGAAAGAAUGAGUUGUCAGGUGUUCACCUUGUUACAACUCAGAUACCACCUUGUGUGUGAGAGAGAUGAGCACAUGUGACUCAGUGGUAGAUUUCAGAGGCAGGAGCUCCCUUUUUUUUAAUUUCCUUUUCUGGGAAAGGCCUAUGAAUGAGCUGGCCACCUAAGAUAUAUUCCUAUGACUAUAAAAGGGCCUGCUCCUGUUUGGAGACUUUUAAAAAGUUUUCUCAUCAUUUGGAUUUUUGAUGUUGGAAAAAAUGAGGUGUUGGGUGUCCUAAGGCCAGGGUGUAGAAGGGUUGGGCAGCACUCUUCUGGAACAGACUCACCUAGCACAAACCUGCUCAUCUUCCUUGCUAGGGGAGGUAUCUGGGUGUGAACUAUGAAGGUGAGGAGUGGUACAGAACACUGCAACUAUAUCAUGAACUAAUCCAUCUAGUAAUCUUUGCUUAGCUCCUGACUCUUCUAAGAAGAAAUUAUACAUGAUUUAAACUCUUAUCACCUAGUAGAAAACCUAGUUGUGGGCCCCAGUCCUCUUGAAUACUGAAUCUGGUUGUAUGUUUGUGUCAGAUCAUAGUAAGGAAGCCCAUGUGUAGCCUUAAACCCUUAAACUAAACCACCUCCUACUUUUCAAGUAACUGAAAGUUGGGCUAGCUUUAUUUAGAGAAAUUAAAAGCUCAACUUAAUCAAAGGUGACAGUGGUAGUUAUUUAAAAUGCUUAAGAAUCAAUUUAGGGUCCUUAAGAGAAUUAAGGAAUCUGGUAUUUUUAAAGCAUGUUCAAGAGAAAUCUGGGUAAAGACCAAGUGCUCACAAGAAAGAGUUGGGCUUUUAGAGACCAGGAAUCAUGCAAGGAAUAAAACCAUUGCAUUUUUUGGUAAUUUGUUGAGUAGCUGAAGUGAGAGAUUUGGUUCUGAUGUUUGACUGUCUAAUCUGUAUCUGGGAAUGCAAAGUUAAAAAGAACCCAUUUUAAGUAAGUUGGGAGGAUAACUUUGAAUUGGGGGUGGUUGCUCUCCCUUCUUUUGUGGAAUGCUACCAACCAGGCUCCCUAACUAGAUGGGAGGCUAGAUGAUGUGAGCUGGUAAAGAAUGGUAAAUAUAGUGUUCUGAAGUGUCAAGAAGGACUGAGCUUUUAGGAUGUGAUUGCAAUGAAAAGUUUAUAAAUGUGUCAAAGGGAUGGAUAAAUGGUCUCAAGUGAUUUUAACUAGAUAGCCUGAUUUCUUGUUUUAAAUCUUCUUUAAGAUGCCGAGAAAGUACACCCUGGGAUCUCCUCUUACUACCUCCAGUCCUCUUUUUCUGGUUUUGAUAGUACCAGAUAUGUUUCAUUUAUUGGGGACUCAGUCUGCUGUCUCCAUUGCUGGUUAUACCAGUUACUCUGUGGGCAUCUUCUACUGUCUUGUCUUCACCUUGUUUAAGCCUGGGAAGGAAGUUAGAUCGUCAGUUCUUCCUGUUUUGCACUGUGCACCCCAUCACACUAGAUUAAUUCAAAGUUAAAAAGAAAUUAUGAAUAGUAAAUUGGGAGGAAAAGGAUUUGGGUUGGUUCCUUCCCCCUACAAUUAGGUCCUUGGUUCUAUGUUGCCAUAGCACCCUAAACUUUCUCUUUCAGAAUAAUCAUGUCCCUUGUAAUUGUGUAUCCUGCUUGACUACAAACUUGUUGAAGGUGAAAAUUGUCUUGAACUUUGCUCCCAGCCUUAGAAAAGUGUCUGAUACAGUGUGUUCUCAAAUAUUUUGUUGCUGUAAUAAAUGAAUGAACAAAAUAAA